UGUUUCCUUUAAAAAAAAAAAAAAAAAAAAUGAUGCUUUCGUUUCAACCCGAAAACAGAAAGCCCAACCCCAAAACCUUGCCUUCCCCAUCCCUGAUUCCAAGCACAGAAACCAAUGACCAGUGGCAAUGAUCCGUAUAACCAAAUAAUCAAAACCCCAAUACAAGAAUCCCAAAAUUCUCAAUCUUUCUCUCACAAUUAUACCUUUCAGAUCCUCCUUCAAACAUGUCCAACCAUGGAAUUCUUCUUCCGUUGCAGUAAAAACCCAGAAACCCAUUAACCCCAAAACAAUAACCAAAUUUUACUGCUUCUUCUCGAUCCCAUUGAUUUGGGUUUCUCUUCCAAGGAAACCAAAACUAAUGGCGGGUUCUUCUCUCAUGGACACUCUCUUCCAGCGCACACUGGAGGACCUCAUAAAGGGUCUUCGUCUCCAUCUCAUCGGUGAGUCCGCCUUCAUUUCCAAAGCCAUGGAAGAUAUUCGCAAAGAGAUCAAGUCCACCGAUCCUCACACCAAGUCCACUGCUCUCCAGAAGCUCUCCUACCUCAGCUCCCUCUAUUUCUACGACAUGUCGUGGGCUGCUUUCCAUGUCGUCGAGCUCAUGUCAUCGACCCGCUUUGCCCACAAGAGGAUUGCUUACCAGGCCGCUUCUCUGUCGUUCGAUGAGAACACCCCUGUUCUUGUCCUAAUCACAAACCAGCUUCGGAAGGACCUCAUCAGCACAAACGAGCUAGAGGUAAGCCUUGCCCUCGAAUGCUUAUCUAGGAUUGCUACUGUUGAUCUUGCUAGAGAUUUGACCCCUGAGAUUUUCACUCUGCUUUCGAGUGGUAAAGUUUUCGUGAGGAAGAAGGCCGUGGGUGUGGUUUUGAGGGUGUUUGAGAAAUACCCAGAUGCUGUUAAGGUGUGUUUUAAGCGCUUGGUUGAGAAUUUAGAAGGUUCAGAUCAGCAGGUUGUGUCUGUUGCUGUUGGGGUGUUUUGUGAGCUUGCUUUGAAAAACCCCAGAUCGUAUCUUCCAUUAGCACCUGAGUUUUAUAGGAUAUUGGUUGAAUCGAGGAACAAUUGGAUUUUGAUUAAGGUGUUGAAAAUCUUUGCUAAGUUGGCUCUUCUCGAGCCCAGGCUGGCCAAUAAGGUUGUUGAACCUAUAUGCGAUCAUAUGAAGAGGACUGACGCUAAGUCAUUGGUGUUUGAGUGUAUUAGGACUGUGGUGACUAGCUUGACUGAUUAUGAGUCAGCUGUAAAACUUGCAGCUGUGAGGAUUCGGGAAAUGCUAAUGGACGAUGAUCCGAAUCUUAAGUAUCUUGCAUUGCAAGCUCUUUCCACUGUUGCACCAAAUCAUGUGUGGGUAGUGGUGGAGAACAAGGAGAUUGUGAUCAAGUCUUUGAGUGAUGAGGAUCCUAAUAUUAAACUCGAGUCCUUGCGUCUUGUGAUGAUGAUGGUAUCUCAAAGUAAUAUUGUUGAAAUUUCAAGGGUUUUGCUCAACUAUGCCCUUAAAUCCGACCCCUUUUUUUGCAAUGAGAUUUUAGGAUCAAUUCUAUCGACUUGUUGUAGAAAUGUAUAUGAGAUUAUUGUUGAUUUCGAUUGGUAUGUUUCACUUUUGGGAGAGAUGUCGAGGAUCCCACAUUGCCAGAAGGGGGACGAAAUUGAGAAGCAACUCAUUGAUAUUGGUAUGAGGGUCGAGGAUGUGAGACUGGAGCUUGUGCGGGUUGCUCGUGAUCUGCUGAUUGAUCCUGCUUUACUUGGUAAUUCUUUCCUAUAUAGAACAUUAUCCGCUGCUGCCUGGGUGUCUGGGGCAUAUGUGGAGUUCUCAAAAAAUCCUUUUGAACUAAUGGAGGCACUUCUACAACCUCGUACAUAUCUCUUGCCACCAUUAAUAAGAGCAGUUUAUUUACAGUCUGCUUUUAAAGUAUUAGUCUAUAGUCUUCAUUCUUAUCUCUUGCAAAGGGGGAUCACUGAAAGGGAUUUUGCGGAAGGUUCUGAUUAUGCACAACAUGAUGCUUCUGCAUCUCUCAAUCAGGAGGAAGGAUUCAACCCUAGGGUUUUAAAUCAAUCAUUUGAUGAUCUUUCUGUGGAACAUGGAGAGGAGAUAAGUGCUGGUCAUGGUCAGGCAUCAGCCUUUGACUCAUUGGGGACAAAUAGUUUCAGUGAUGAAUCUAUUAUGAACAUGAUAAAUCUAAUAGAAUUGGCUGUGGGUCCUCUAUCAGGAAGCCUUGAUGUAGAAGUACAAGAGAGAGCACGAAACAUACGUAGCUUCAUUGAGUUGAUAAAGCAAGAAAUGGUUGAUUGUUUGGCUCAGAAGGAAGAAAGUUUAGAUAGGAAUAAAACAGAAGUUUCCAAAAUUAUCAAACUGAUGCAUGAUGCAUUUUCAAGUGAGCUUGGCCCAGUCUCAGUAACUGCUCAGGAAAGAGUGCCUAUACCAGAUGGUUUGCUACUGAAGGAGAAUCUUGAGGACUUGGAAACAAUCUGUCCUGAUGUUCAACUACCCUUGUUAAAUUCAUUUUCUUUUGGAAGUCCUCAAUCUGAGGAGACGAAUGGUGAUUCUCUCCCUGAUCUCCAGAACAAAGUAGAGUCAGAACCAUCAAAGGAAUCCACAUCUCUACUUGCACAACAUCGCAAGAGGCAUGGUUUAUAUUAUCUUCCUUCAGAGAAGAAAGAAAUAUCAAAUGAUUAUCCACCUGCCAAUGAUCUCAAAUCAGAGAAUGAUCGCAAUAAUGAUGCUGAAAAUCUAGUUAAACUUACAGAGCAAUCACUUGUUCCAAAGAAAAAGCCAAGCAAUGCAAAGACUAGGCCUGUGGUGGUUAAGUUAGAUGAAGGAGAUCAAGUGUCUAUUGCAGCCAAGGCACAGCCCAAGGAUGAUUUGUUGUCAGGUGCUGUGCGAGAAGUUCUUUUAGGUAAUGACACCAAUGACAGUUUAUCACAAAGUAAACCAUCUGAUAGGUCCUCAGCUAGGAGAAAAGGUAAGGAAAAACUAAAUCUUGAUUCUCCUUCUGAAUCAAAAGAGAACUUGGAUGAUGUCAAAAAACAUGAUGAUGAAAUCCCUAGUUCAAGAAAAAACAAACACCGUAAACAUGGGAAAGAGAGAAGACACAAAACUUCAGGAAAUGUUUUAGACGAAGGGGGUGAAAAUAGUCAGAAAGGGAAGGAAAAGACUGGUCAUCGCCAUGGAAAACACAAAGCUCGACAAAGAGCAGAUGUGCCUUUGAAUGUGGUUUCACAGACACCAGUGAUUCCAGAUUUCCUUCUAUAACAUUUAAAGUUGGUUGAAAUACAGUGCAAAUUCAAAUUACAUAACUAUGGCGAAUUACACAAACAAGUUUGGCACAUUUUUCUAGACAGAUAUAGAUACCGUGAAGUUCGCUGCAUCUAUAGUGUGUUAUUUCAGAGCCUGCUAAAUUGGGAUGUUCCUAACAUUUUUCUACUCAUAGCAGCUAGUUAGGUCAAUAUAAUUGUCUUUAUGAGUAAUGUUAACUUGAGAACUUUUUUAUUUUAUUUUAUACAUGGGGUACAUUUAUUCAAA